CCACAAACGCAACACCUCUUUGAGGCACCCCUAAAGCCCCUACCUCAGCUUUCCUGAGGAUCUGAAGUAAAUCAGAACACAAACAAUUUACAUCGUCUCUCUGGAUGAAUUAGUCUGGACUAUUUGAACAUAAAGCUUGAGAUGCAGAGGAAGCCACGUUCUACAACCAUCCUUCCUGACAGCAGCAACCCAGGGAAAUUAACCAAAUCCAGAAAGAAUGAAACAACAAAUGAAGAGGGAGCUUUAAAUUAUUUGCCAGAUAUUCCAGUGCCAAGAAACAGAGCUGAGCUGAUGAAGUACUGGAUUGAUCUGACUUUGGAUAAUAAAACAGCCAACAAGAUGUUGUGGAUUUCCGAUGGUGGCUCCAAGGUUUGUCGCCGAACUAAAGAGGUUUGUCCAGUGCUGGAUGGACCUGAUAGAUAUGAAUAUUCCCCACAGGUGUUGUGCAAAGAGAGCAUUUGGAAGCGCAGGGCUUACUGGGAGGCUGAGUACUCGGGUUGGGUGGCGGUUGGAGCCACCUAUGACCAAGCAGCAAGGAGAGCAGAUUCUGGGCUGAGUGGUCUCGGAGAAAACGAGCAGUCGUGGGGUAUGUGCUGGUCGGGAAGUUGUUACCAGAUAUGGUUCAACUGCAACCACGAAGACAUCAACGAUGUCCCUUUUUGCUCCACAUUCGGCAUGUACAUCGACCAGCCGGCGGGGAUCAUAAACUUUUAUAUUGUUCCCGGCGAGGGCGCAGAGAAGGAGGCCAGGCUGUUGCAUCAAGUCAGCAUUAUGACUGACCAAAAGAUUCUGCCAGGUGUCUGGUUGGGAAUUCAGUCCUCCUGCACCCUGCUGAGAAAAACAGAAUGAAUCACUGCAACUAAAGUUAACCCAGUGUGUAUUUGUGGAGGCGCUCCAGACUGGAACUCUUAUGAAUUGACACAAAGUAGUGGAUAAUUAUGAAGUGGAGGAAAAUGGGUCUAUGGUUUUCCAGUUUUUUACGAAUAAAAACAUAGAAAAAUCUGGAAUGCAUUUAUUUUCAGCCCCUUUUAUACCGAUGCCCACAAAUCAAAUGCUUUGAAGCUAACAGCCUAGAAAUGAGCUAUUUAGUGAGCAAGGUCAGCCUGUGUAUAAUUGAAUCUUAACCACAGCUGUUCUGUGACGGCCUCAAAGGUUUGUUAGACAACAUCAGUGGACAAACAGCAUCAGGAAGACCAACUAACAAAGCAGACGGGUCAGGGAGAACAUUGUGGACAACUUUAAAGCAGAGUCGGGUUCUGAGACAGGUUCUGUUCAAUCCAUCAUCUGAAAAUAAAAAAGAGUAUGCCCCCA